CACCAAGGGGCUGAAUCCGCACCUAGGCACUUGCAUUUGAUCCGUUCAGUCAGCCGGUAUAUUCUUCACCGUGCGUGAACCCGUUGUGUGGUCCGGUGUUAUCAUCUGGUCUCCGAUUCUUCACCGAGGGCUGCCGCACUUGAUUGCCUCAUCGGCCGAGUAUUUGCCGCUGACCGAACAACCUCGGGUUUAAGCCUUCACGACCGUCGCAACGCACAUUUGCACACAUUUGCACACAUUUUCACAGCAAUCACAUCCAGAGAGCUUCUGUCCAAGACAUCUUCCAUGAGCGGAUCAUCUGCAAGACUGUGUGCGGACUACCUGCCCGGUGCACUAAGGGCUCGGGGCCCUCUACUGCGUGCGGUUCCUCGGGGCACUCGCCAACCCAGCGUCAGGGAGUAUAGACGGGGCAGUCAUGGCGCAACCAACUCUCGCUAUCGUCCAUCGGUGACAGCACACGGUGUCCGAGUUUGCGGUCAUACAAGUGUGAGAUCUUCGCAGAACCAGUAUGCGCGCUGCUUUGCGACAGCCGUUGAAGGGAAGAGCGUGGAGGAAGACGCUGCAGCUGGGCUGCAGGGCGGUCCGUUGGUGGAGUAUGACCUCCGAGUCCAGCAGGGUCGGUUGCGCGAUGAUCCAUAUCAGAGACAGAUCAUCGGAAAACUACAAGACCUUUACGAGAGAUUGAAAUUCUACAACCCCCCGCCAGUGGUCCAGCCUAGUGUGGAAUCGCUCGAUGCAAAGCCCAAGUCGUUCUUCGGUUCGCUAUUCGGACGCAGCAACGCAAAGCAGGAACUCACGAUUCCCGAAACCCUCCCUCAGGGGCUAUACAUGUAUGGUGAUGUUGGAUGCGGCAAGACCAUGCUCAUGGAUCUAUUCUACGAGACCCUCCCGCCCAAUAUCUCAACCAAGACGCGCAUCCACUUUCACAACUUCAUGCAGGAUGUGCACAAGCGCAUGCACGUUGUCAAGAUGAAAUACGGCAAUGACUUCGAUGCGCUGCCUCUGGUGGCGGCUGCUAUCGCUGAGAAAUCGAGUGUGCUGUGUUUCGAUGAGUUCCAGUGUACGGAUGUUGCAGACGCAAUGAUCCUCCGGAGACUCCUCGAAUCCCUCAUGUCACAUGGCGUGCUCCUUGUCACCACCUCCAACCGUCACCCCGACGACCUCUACAAGAACGGCAUCCAGCGCGAAUCCUUCAUCCCCUGCAUCAAUCUCCUUAAGACCGCUCUUGACGUGAUCAACCUGAACUCUCCCACCGAUUACCGCAAGAUCCCCCGUCCGCCAGCAGCGGUCUACCACCACCCGCUUGGCCCUGACGCCGACCGCCACGCCCAGAAAUGGUUCGAAUUCCUUGGCGACCCAAUCAACGACCCUCCGCACCCAGCGACGCAGGAAGUCUGGGGUCGCAAGAUUCAAGUGCCGCUCGCCAGCGGCAAGGCCGCGCAAUUCACCUUCCAGCAGUUGAUCGGAAGCGCCACGGGUGCCGCAGACUAUUUGGAGCUAGUCCGGAAUUACGAAGCAUUCAUCAUCACCGACGUGCCGGGGAUGAAUCUGAACCAGAGAGAUCUUGCGCGACGAUUCAUCACGUUCAUCGAUGCCGUUUAUGAGAGCAGGGCCAAACUAGUCCUCACCACCGCUGUUCCCCUAACCAACCUCUUCCUCUCACCCGACGACGUCAAAUCCACCCUCUCCGACGACGGCAGCGACCUCUCCGACGCGAUGCGCAUGAUGAUGGACGACCUCGGCCUAUCAAUGCAAGCGCUUAAGACCACCUCCAUCUUCAGCGGCGACGAGGAGCGUUUCGCAUUUGCGCGUGCGCUGUCCCGUCUCUCGGAGAUGGGGAGCAAGAUGUGGGUUGAGCGUGGCCUGGGAGUCGGUAUGGACGUAAAAGAAGGAAAGAGCGAACAUGAUGCAUAUCUGAAGGCUAGGAGUCGGUGGAGCGAGGAUAAUAUGUAGAGAUGGAGUUCGAUUAUAAAUAAGAUGGAGUGCUAGAGUGGGGAGGUGUGGAGGGAACGAAAGGGAGGGGGUUGGUUAUAUGGCCGGGGUUGCGUACAUUUGGAGUUUUCAUUUGCAUAUAUGCAUCCACCCUACACAUACACAUAUACAUACACACUUCAUAGAGCAAAUAGAUAGUA